GGAGAAGAGAGGAGAUGGUCAGGGGCGGAGAGGAUAUUUCGCGUGCAUCUGCUGACCGUGCGUUACCGUGUCGUACCGACGUGGCCAUGUAAGCAAAAAUGAUAUAAAUAAAAAAGCCGCGAGAUAAUAGUGGUAAAAAUGUAAGCGUCAUUUAAGAGUGUUGAUAAGUAUUAUUAUGGUAAAUAAGUAAAAAACUCAAUUGACGCACCCGUGGAAAACGUCAUCCUCCCUUGAAAAGAAAGGAAACGUUCUCCUCGCUGCCUCCGCCGCGACUAUGCUCUAUGCAAGGGCAGCUUUGCCGACGAGAGAGACGUCGACUUCUUGCCUGCCAGACUCGGACUCGCAGAGGUGCUCGGUGGGCUCACCGAAGGUUCGCGCCGCCCCACUUGGGGGAGCAAGGAGAGCUGCUGCACGGCGGAUGUUCGGCAAAAUUCCCGUGCAAGUUGGCUUGCCUUGCCCGGCCGGUGUUCGACGAAAUGCGCGCGCGGCUCAGAUUGGGGCCAUCCUGGGGACGGAGAUGGCGUGCCCAUCCUGCUCGAGCCCCACACAACUCACGACGUGCGGCGACUGGCGGAGGCCGCGGGCCGUGCACGCCCGCAGCGGUCGCGGCGCCAUGCUGGAGGAGGGCAGGAGGCACAUGCCGACAUGUUGGACUGACGGAGCUGCGCGCGAGCCUGCCACUGUCCCAGGUGUGUGCUCGCUGCCCAGCUGACACCUUGCCAUUUUUCUGCACAUGCUUCUGAUGGUGGUGCUUCGGCGCAGAUGUUACCGAGUUGGAAGCUUCCUAUUUCCGUGUGGUGAACUGGAAAAGGGAAAAUUAGACGAUUUUUUGUUAGAAUUUCAGGGACAGAAAGGAAGAGUCUGUAACCAAAAGCUAUCUUUGAUCUUUUAAAAAACGCAAAGAUAUCAUCGGUCACCACUUCAGUUCUACUAUCACUAUAAAACAAUUCACUAAUCCAGUCUUCGUCCAUGUGGUGCCCCAAACAGCAUUAACUUACAAUGAAAUAAUGUAGCUUGGGCUACUUAUGAUGUUGACACUGGACCAACUUACACAAAAUACAAGUGGACUUAGAAAAAUAUCAGUUUUAGUCUCGCUAGGGAGAUCCACCAACUUCUCCAACAACCUAUGUCCCAGGGCAGACCCAGUGCCAGCAGCUCCCACGAGUGGGGUCUGGGGAAGGGAUAAACCGAGGCAGGCCUUUCCCCUACAGUAACUGCAGGGAAGACCUGGUGCUCAGUGGGUUGGCUUCACACCAUUGCACCAGGCCUGCCCUUCCUCCAACAACCUAUGUACAGUGCUAAAAUAGCUGGAGGAUCACAAUUGAAGAACAUGCCAGGCGAGAGGCAUGGUUGUAACACAUUCUAGUAAGAGGGUUAUCAAAUAUCAACUAAUUACGUACCCAAACCCAACUGAUAUAGGUAACUACUCCAUAAAUUUUUGUGCUAAGCUGACACCUGUUUAGGCUUUACUUGGAUAGUUCGUCAGGCUUUGUUAUAAUAUGAGCAUGUAUUUCCUUACCUGGGACUUUCAUGGCAGCAAGUUGAUCUAUCAAUUAUCAUAAACAGACAACUGAACCUCAAACUCUGUCAUGAUUAUUGCGUACUGCCAAUUUUGAAAGGCUGUCAGAAAGGGCAACUCAUGGUUUUAAGACAAGGACCUUGGUGGUACAAUAAGAACAAGGCCAUGUCUCCCAAGUCAGUCAUCUAAAAGGGCGAAGACAAGACUGCACGUUCAGCUACCUCAUGCAUUAUUGAAGACUGGUGAUCAGCUUUCACAUUUGUUAAUUGAGAAUUGGAAACCAUGGAAGAAAAGAACGUCUUAAAAUAUUCUCAAAGUUCAUUAAAGAACAUUUUGGAGGAAAAGCUCAGUUAAAGAUGAACUGAGAAAUAGAAGAAAGAGAGGCAGAAAAGAACCAGGCUACAGCGAAAUGCGUAUUCUGUGAUCUAUACAAAACACUUUUUAGAUGUUUCUGUAGGUUGUUUUGUCAUAAUUAGACAAUGCCCCCUCACAGUUAAAUGGAUAUGUAGAUAUUUGUGAUGUGAACCUAACAGAAUUUAUUAGGGUCAAGGCUAUUUGUGUGGUCCACUGCAUCUCACUUUUAAUUUCGCAGCUGAGACUUCUCUCUGUUUGAAGCAGUCCAUCAUCGAUGACUUGGACUUUGGAAUCUUUAUACAACUGAUGAUGAAGAGUUGCCAUUCUCUCUUCCUUUUUUUGUCUUCGGUGCCUUCUCCUUCUAUCUAGUGGAGGUGUAUCCAAAGGCAGCAAGCUUUGCAUAUAGCUCAUUCUCAUAUACCUUUUUCCAAUGUUACAACGUUCCCAAACAAAAUAGAGAUUUGUUUUGAUCUGAGAUCAAGCCUAUGGAGUCUGAAGAGCAGCCUGUAAAUCACCAUAUGGCUUGCAACUCUCCUGAUGAACAACAUGCGCUGCAGCAAGGCCAAGCUGACAAAAAUCCUGGAGCCGAUGAGGCUGAGCUCCUGUGGAAGCUGAGGAAGUACUUGAUGUUGUUGGCUAUUCUAGCUGCGGCCAUCACCUACCAAGCAGGGCUAGCUCCGCCGGGUGGGUUCUGGCAAGACAACCAGAACGGCCACAUCGCCGGUGAUAUUGUGCUGAGAGUUAGCUACCCCAGGCGUUACCAUGUUUUCUUCUACUGCAACACAACAGCUUUUGGGGCAUCACUCAUUGUUCUGAUACUGCUCCUGGUCAGGGAGCUGAGCCGCAAUGCGGUUUGGCUUCGGGCACUUCAAUUUGCGAUGGUAUUGAGCUUGCUAGGGCUCAUGGGGGCCUAUGCCGCAGGGAGCUGCAGGGAGGUGAGGACAUCAGUUUACAUUUGGGUAUUACUUGUUGGCAUAUUCGCAUAUAUCACACUUCAUGUCAUAUUCUUUCGGCAUCUGGCGCCUGAAUGGUUGCGUGAUACAUUCAUGAAUAUAAGGAGAUACUGGAAGGAUUUCCUAAACAAUGUUUUCAAGAAUGCACAGAGCACAACAGAUGAGCAAGAGCAUUCUGACAAGAUGGAAGAACUGGAGAGGAAUCGCAGUUUCUUGCUGGUUCUUGCUACAUUAGCAGCAACAGUGACAUAUACUGCAGGGCUAAGCCCACCAGGUGGCUUUUGGCCUGAUGACAAGCCCAACCACCUUGCCGGCGACCCAGUGCUGGAAGAUCAUCACCCCCGUCGAUUCAAGGCGUUUCUCGUCUGCAAUGCAACUUCUUUUGCUGGAUCGCUUGUGAUCGUCAUCAUGCUCCUCAGUAAUACAGCAGUGGAUCAUGUUGUCAAGUCAAAUGCUCUGCGGUUGUGCGUGCUAGUCGGCCUCUUUGGGCUUAUGGGGGCUUAUGCUGCUGGGAGUUGCAGGGAGGUCCGUACAUCUAUCUACGUCUUCUCCCUUGUUGGUGGAGUUUUGCUCUACCUUGUCCUUCAGUGGAUUGAACCUAUUGUGACAAAGCCAGAGUGUGUAGAGAAGUCCAUUGGAUGGAUCAGAAAGCAGAAGACCGAGCUGCUCCAGAAACUGAGCUCUUUCAUUAUGAAGGGGAGUGGGAAUCCAGAUCAUGACAAUCAUACUACACUGUCAAGGCCCAAUACACAACAUCUAUCCAAGAAUAGCAUUUCAAGCAAUUUUAGUGAUGCUAAGGAUGAUCUACAGAAACUGAGCACAUAUCUCCUAUUGCUCGGCAUCCUUUCCGCCACUGUCACAUAUCAAGCUGGGCUGAACCCACCUGGUGGCUUUUGGGGAGACACUGCUGAUGGACAUAUUGCAGGGGACCCAGUCUUGGAGGCCAUGCACCCAAGGCGUUACAAGUUAUUCUUCUAUUGCAAUGCUACAGCAUUUGUUGCAUCUUUGGUGAUCAUAACAUUACUUCAGAGCAAGCUGAUUACCGUUGGUGCCAUGAAGCAUCACAUAUUGCAAACAGCCAUGACUCUGGAUCUCUUUAGUCUUAUGGGGGGCUAUGCUGCCGGAAGCAGCAGAAAGUUCUCAACAUCCGUGUAUGUUUUGGUCUUGGUUCUCCUUGUUUUCACCUAUGUUGUACUUCAUGUUCUGCUAUCUGUGGCUCUCAAGACACGACUGAAGAGGAUAAUAGAUCGUUUCAGAAGAAAUGAUGCAAUGGAUAAUGAAGAUGAAGGGGGUGAUUUGGAGAAGCAGCGCAAGUUUCUGAUGUUACUUGCAAUUCUAGCUGCUUCCAUCACAUAUCAGGCUGGUCUAAGCCCAUCAGGCGGCUUCUGGAGUGACAAUAAUGGCCACCGAGCAGGUGAUCCAGUGUUCCGUGAUGAGUUCCCACGCCACUACAGAGUUUUCUUCUACUUCAAUGCAACAGCUUUCGUGUCGUCCUUGGUUGUGAUUAUGUUGCUUGUUAGUAAAAGGCUAUGUAGCAAGGGUCUUGAGGGUUAUGCACUUCACACGUGUGUUUUGAUUGAUUUGAUCAGCCUCAUGGGUGCUUUUGCUGCUGGAAGCUGCAGGAAAGUUUUGACAUCUGUGUACGUCAUCCUUGUCGUUGUUGCAGUGUCUGUUUAUGUCAUGAUUCAGGUUGUGGUUUUGACAUUUGCAAAAGACAAGGUGAACAAUAUCCUGGAAAGGAUGUACACCUUUGGGCUUUCUGAGCGCCAACAUCCAUCCAUGAAUCACAAGAGAAGCAUCCAAUUGAAAAAGAGAACUGAGCACAAAUGGCGCAAAGAUUUGAUGCUGAUCGGGACACUUGCAGUCACUGUCACAUACCAAGCUGGGCUGCUCCCACCGGGUGGAUUUUGGUCUGAUGACCAGGUAGGCCGCCAUUUUGCUGGUGACCCAAUCCUUCAUGAUACCCAUCCAACACGGUUUAAAGUAUUCUUCUAUUGUAAUGCGACGGCAUUCAUGGCAUCGAUGGUCAUGGUCAUCCUACUGUUGAACAACACAAUAAGCAAGUACAAGAGAUCUCUUCUUGCUAUGAAGACAGCAAUGGUAUUGGACUUGCUUGGUCUGCUUGGAGCAUAUGCCGCAGGCAGCUGCAGAAAGUUAAAGACAUCUGCAUACAUUUUUGCACUCUUCAUUGCCAUGUUCAUUUACAUUGUAAUACAUGUUUUGCUGUCAUUUGAUAAGGUGGCUUUGUUAGUUAGAAAGAAGGGAGAGAAGUGGAUGCCUUGCCUGAAAAAUAUGUGGGCACUUAUUGAAACUGAUCCUUCAAACCUUCAGCUAUCUGCUGGGCGACUGGGGGAGGCACCUCCAGCUGUGUAGUUGUAGUCUUGAUGUAGCAUUUGUUAAAUUGUUGUGCCUGAUAUAUACAAAUUAAAAAGUUUGGAUCUCUGUUUU